UGGAACUUGCCGUAGACACCGUAAACAAUAAAAACAACAACAACGCUGUUUUUGAUUGUGAUCGAGAAACUUCUCUGUUUAUAGCUUUACAUAGACUCACAGCGGUAGAUUUGUUGAGGGAAUAUGGUCAGAAUCACAGAAGAGCUAGUCAGAAGGAAGGCAGAACAUAAUGAAAGGGAGAUAUUCAGUCUUGAGGAAUUAUCAUUACAUCAGGAAAAUAUUGAAAGAAUUGAAAAUUUAGAUAAAUGGUGUAGACAACUUAAAAUUUUAUACCUGCAGAGUAAUCUUAUACCACGUAUAGAAAAUGUUGGAAGAUUAAAGAAACUUGAAUAUCUAAAUUUAGCACUAAAUAAUGUUGAAGUCAUAGAAAAUCUUGAAGGUUGUGAGUCACUAAAGAAGUUGGAUUUAACAGUAAACUUUGUAGGGGAGCUAACCAGUAUAGAAUGUUUGAAAAAGAACAUCUUUUUCAAUGAACUGUACUUGACAGGAAACCCGUGUGCACAGUAUGAAGGUUACAGAGAUUAUGUUAUAGCCACUCUCCCUUAUCUGAAGACACUAGAUGGGAUAGUUGUAGAAAAGUCAGAAAGAAUUCAAGCAACCCAGAAUUAUGGAGUUAUAAAAGCAAGAAUAAUAGCUCAGCAAAUUGAGUACAGAAAACAGAGAGCAAAGGAGAAAGAAGAGGCAAGAUUAGAAGAGGAAAAAGAAAAGUUAGAGAAGGAGGCAGAUGAAAGGGAAGAGAAAGAGAAAAAUCCUGGAUAUGAUGGCAGAUGGUACACUGAUAUUAAUCAAGAAGAUAAGGUAGCAAAAGCUAAAAGAGAAGCAGAACAACUAGAAAAAGAGCAUGCCAAAGAUAAAGAAUUCUGGGAAUCAAAGUCAGUGUUUAGUCCUGAGGAAAGAGUCAGAUCUCAUAAAAAGCAAGAAGAACAAAAGGAUAGAGAGAGAAAAAAAGAAGAGGCUAAAAACCCGCCAAAACCUCCGCGUCGACUGUUUAAUGAAGAAGGGAGAGCUCUUAAUGUAAAUGAAUCAAAGAUAGAUUUUAAACUGACAGAAGAUGAAACAGGCAAUAACUACCUCCUUGAUUAUCAAUGUUACAAAUAUUUAGAAACCUCUCUGAUAGAUGUGGAUGUUCAACCAAGUUAUGUCAGAAUCAAAACAAAAGGAAAGAUAUUCCAACUGGCACUAGAUCAGGAGGUGAAUGCUGACUCCAGUAAAUGUGAGAGAUCUAAAAUAACAGGACACCUUCUUGUUAUCAUGCCAAAGGCAAAGCAGAUUGUAAAACCUGCCGUUAAACCUUCCAGCAAAGGAGAUAAUAAAGAAAAUGUUAACAAUAAAGAGAAGAAGAAAUUUAGUAAAACACAUGAAAAGUUAGAAGUAGAUGAAAAGGCAAGAAAAACUGUUGACAUUGGAGGAAUUGUGAAAGAAAAGUCAGACAAUAUUGUACCACCUCUUGGAUCUAAGCCAUUGUGUAGGACAAAAGUUGAAAGACCAAACAGUGAGGACUUUGUAGACAAUCCUGAUGUUCCACCAUUAGAAUGAUCCUGUAAUACUGGUUGCCAUGGAUAUUAUGAGUGUUCUUUUUAUGAAUCUGAAAAGGAAAGUGCUUUUGAAGCCAGGAAUGAUUUAAAUGAAUGGAUCUGAAAUGAGAAGUGUUAUUGAUAUAGGAAAUGUUUGCAUUGAAAAGAGAAUAUAACAACAAGGCUGUUGAUAAAAUACAUUGUAAGUGAAAAUGUGAUAUGUGUUCAAGUUAUAAUAUUGAAAGAUAGUAUUAAAUCAUACAUUGUCAAUGCUAGAGGUAUUGACUAUGAAUUAUUGCAUAUGCAUUCCAGAGGUUAUUUCUGUUUUUGUUUUAUAAAUACAUGUAACAAUAUAUUUAUUUAUAUAUUUAUCUUUAUACAUGUUUUUAUUUUGAGGUUAUCAUAUUGCUUUUUCUCAGGAUUAAGAUAUAUUUAAAAAUUCAGAGAGGAUUUGGUAACCAAGAUAAUUCCCUUCUCAUUAGAAUGUUUUAAAUAUUACUGAUACAAUGGACAACCAUUGUACACCAUUGUACAUCAGUGUAAACAUAUGUUAUUCGUCAUAUCCAAGAAAUUUUUUUACAUAAUAACAAUCAGUACAAAAAAGGAUUAGACUGGAAGCAACGUAUUGCUUAUUGUAGUCUUUUCCUAACCACUGUACAUUGAUAAACCUAGUAUGUGUUUAUAGUAUGAAUAUAUCCUUUAAUUAACAAAUAUGAUCACACUUUCAUUUGUCAUUAAUUGUAUCGUAUGAAAUCCAGCAGCUAUUUUCACCAAAGUACAAUUUAUCUUAAGUUAUUUUCAUAAGUUUUUUUCUAAUGAAAAACAAUUGCGAGACGUUUUGUGAUAAGGGAUGCAGUAUUUUUGUUUUGGAUAAAAUAUGAGGGAUGUGUGUUAUAACAUAUAUAUACCUGCCUGUAGAAAUCAAAGUUUAACACAAUUUCUAGUACUUCCUUUUGCAUUUGGUUUGUACUAUUUGUAACUAUGUGUCUGUAGUGUUACUGCUUAUCGACAGCUUGGUGCGAAAGGGUUGUAUCUCCUUCUUUAUCUCAUAUCAGUUACGACCCUUUCGCACCAAGCCCUCGUUAUAUGCUAUAUCCGUCCUUUAUUUGAAAACAUUUACCAUUGCAUUCUUCCAUUGAUGCUCUGCUGUCGCUUUCAUAACUUGGUUCCACCUGGAGUUUAAAAACUUACAUGCAAUCACCACAUCACCAUAAUGCAAUAAAGAUUAACUCCUAUUAGAUUUAGCAGGACUUAUUCCGUUAUUGUACUAAGGUGACGUCCAUUGUUCUGAUCCCUGUCUCCUAGAGAUACUGGUGUUAUUUGCAUUUUACUACAUUCACUUUCAACACAUUAAUUAAAUGUUUUUAAGAUAUAUCAAUAUUUGUUUAUGAAUACAUUUACAUUAUCAUUUUAACAUCACACUUUUGAAUAUGUCCAUAUCCAUUUUGAUCAUAUGAAAUAAUUUUGAAUUGAAUAUUCAUUAAAAAAAAAUAAAAUUUGCAU